CCGAGCAAUCUUAUUGGCUAAAGAGUCAGCGGCCAUAUGAUUUUCUGAUGCCUGAACUUUGAGGAAAAAGUUCAAUAUUACAUAAAAAGGGAGCCACGUUAUCCCUGCAGCACGGCUAUAGCGUGGAGAGGAACUUCUUCCGCUUCCGUCCUCUGCAGGGAUCUAGUGGCAACCGGUCCGGGCCGAGCGGACCUCCUGGUGCGAGAUAAUCGGCCCCUGAUGUGACUUAAUGAGGCGGACAUGUCCGGGAACAAACUCAGACGCUCCCCGCUCCGAGGCGACAGGUGUGCGUCAGGUGAGCCCUGGGACCAGGCGGACGACCCGGUGUCCCAGCAGCAGCGCACUCAUUACCGGGGAACACACCGCCAUGGAGCCCAGCCAGAGCGCGCAGGCAGCGGACAUGGCAGGCGAGCACUCGGCCGGCAUGUGCGUGCUGCUGGAGAGGGACCGGGACAGGACCGAGCUGUGCAGCCCCAGUCCCCCGGCCAAGCAGCGCUCCUUGCGGGUCGUAUACGUGCUGAACGACGGGCUGAAGGCGGUGAUGGCCAGCAGUCCGGAGUCCGGGGCGCUGCAGUGCCUCCAGCGGGCUUGUGACGCGGAAAGUGCCCUGCUGACCACCGUCACCUUCGGGAGGCUCGACUUCGGAGAGACCUCCGUGUUGGACAGCUUCUACGACGCAGACAUCGCGGUGGUGGACAUGAGCGAUGUCUUCCGCCAGCCCUCCCUCUUCUACCACCUGGGCGUGCGGGAGAGCUUCGACAUGGCCAACAACGUCAUCUUGUACCACGACACCGACCCCGACACGGCGCAGUCCCUGAAGGACAUGGUCGCUCAGAAAAACACAGCCUCCAGCGGCAACUAUUAUUUCAUCCCCUACAUCGUCACCCCCAACCAUGAGUACACGUGCUGCGAGAGCGACGCCCAGCGAAGGGCCAGCGAGUACAUGCAGCCCAGCUGGGACAACCUCCUGGGUCCUCUGUGCGUCCCCCUGAUGGACCGCUUCACCAGCCUGCUGAAGGACAUCCACGUCACGUCCAGUGCCUCCUUCAAAGACACCCUGCUGAACGACAUCAGGAAGGCCAGGGAGAAGUAUCAGGGCGAGGAGCUGGCGAAGGAGCUUUCCCGUAUUAAACUGCGCAUCGACAACACCGAGGUCCUCACGCAGGACAUCGUCAUGAACCUGCUCUUCUCCUACAGAGACAUCCAGGACUACGAUGCCAUGGUGAAACUGGUGCAGACCUUGGAGAUGCUGCCUACUUGUGACCUGGCAACCCAGCCCAUGAUCCAGUUCCACUACGCCUUUGCGCUAAACAGGAGGAACAGUCCUGGCGACAGAGAGCAAGCUCUCCGGGUGAUGCUGCAGGUCCUGCAGUCCUGCGAGCAUCCGGCGCCCGAUAUGUUCUGCCUGUGCGGACGAAUCUACAAGGACAUCUUCCUCGACUCGGACUGCAAAGACACCAAGAACAGGGACAAUGCCAUACAGUGGUACAGGAAGGGCUUUGAGCUGCAGCCUACACUCUACUCCGGCAUCAACCUGGCGGUUCUCCUCAUAGUUGCCGGUCAACAGUUUGAGAGCUCCAUGGAACUCAGGAAAAUUGGUGUUCGCCUCAACAGUUUAUUGGGGCGCAAAGGUUCCCUGGAGAAAAUGAACAACUACUGGGACGUGGGACAGUUCUUCACCGUUAGCAUGCUGGCUAACGACAUUCCAAAGGCCACUCAGGCUGCCGAGAAGCUCUUCAAGCUGAAGCCGCCUCUCUGGUACCUGCGCUCGGUGGUGCAGAACCUGCAGCUGAUCCAGAGGUUCAAGAAGCAGACGGUGGAACAUUCCCCCCAGAGGGACCGACUCAACUUCUGGAUGGACAUCAUCGUGGAGGCCACGCAGGGCACCACCAACCGACUGCGUUUUCCCGUGCUGAUUCUGGAACCCACUAAGGUCUACCAACCGUCAUACGUGUCCAUCAACAAUGAGGCUGAAGAGAAGAACGUCUCAAUUUGGCACGUUUCGCCCCCUGAAACGAAAGGCAUCCACGAGUGGAACUUUACGGCUAUGUCCAUCAAAGGCAUCAGUAUCAGCAAAUUCGACGAGCGCUGCUGCUUCCUCUACGUCCACGACAACUCGGACGACUUCCAGAUUUACUUCUCCACGGAGGAGCAGUGUGCACGGUUCUGCUCCAUGGUGAAGGAGAUGAUAUCGGACGGGACCGGGAACGCCGUGGAGCUGGAAGGCGAAGGCGAUGGCGACACAUUGGAGUACGAGUACGACAUGGAUGAGACGAGCGAACGGGUGGUGCUGGGGCGAGGUACCUAUGGAGUGGUGUACGCCGGGAGGGACCUCAGCAACCAGGUCCGAAUUGCUAUCAAGGAGAUCCCAGAGAGGGACAGCAGGUAUUCGCAACCUCUUCACGAAGAGAUCGCCCUCCACAAAUACCUCAAGCACAGGAACAUCGUCCAGUAUUUGGGCUCGGUUUCAGAGAACGGAUAUAUCAAGAUCUUUAUGGAGCAAGUUCCUGGAGGGAGCUUGUCGGCCUUGCUGCGCUCCAAAUGGGGUCCCCUGAAGGAGGCCACCAUCAUCUUCUACACCCGACAGAUCCUGGAGGGGCUGCGCUACCUGCACGAGAACCAGAUUGUGCACCGGGACAUAAAGGGCGACAACGUGCUGGUCAACACCUACAGCGGCGUCUUGAAGAUUUCAGACUUUGGUACCUCCAAGCGGCUGGCUGGAGUCAACCCCUGCACGGAGACCUUCACUGGCACUUUGCAGUACAUGGCUCCGGAAAUCAUCGAUAAAGGUCCCCGAGGCUACGGGGCCCCAGCAGACAUCUGGUCCCUGGGGUGCACAAUCAUAGAAAUGGCCACCGGAAAGCCUCCCUUCCAUGAGCUGGGGGAGCCUCAAGCCGCCAUGUUUAAGGUGGGGAUGUUUAAGAUCCACCCUGAGAUCCCCGAGUCUUUGUCGCUGGAGGCCAAGUCGUUCAUCUUGCGCUGCUUCGAACCAGACCCUCACAAACGAGCCCUGGCCUCCGACCUGCUCAAGGACACGUUUGUCAAGCAGAACACCAAGGGCAAGAAGAGCAAGAUCGCCUUCAAACCCUCAGACUACAUCCACGUUUCCCUGCCGGUGCAGUUGCAGUGCGAGGCCACCGGGAGCAGCAGCAGCGAACACGGCUCCAUGAGCCCCGACUGCGACUCCAAACACGACGUCUUCUUCCAGAAAAAGAAAAGCUCUGGCUCAGAGAAUCUGCUCAAACCGCCCAACUCCAACUACCUGAGCGUUCCAGAUGAAGGCUCCGUGUCGGAGGACCGCAAUGUCCCGCCCUCAGCAGAGGACCGAGACGGGGGGCUUUUCUUACUGAAGAAGGACAGUGAGAGGCGGGCCAUUCUGUUCAAGGUCCUCAACGAGGACCAGGAAAAGGUCAUCUCUAACCUGAAGGAGAACUACAUCCAGGGCAGCGAGGAGCUCCAGCUGUCCGUGGAGCACAUCAAGCAGAUCAUCUGCAUCCUCCGAGACUUCAUCCAUUCCCCGGAGAGGCGCGUCAUGGCGGCCACCAUCUCCAAGCUCAAGCUGGACCUGGACUUUGACUCCACUUCCAUCAACCAGAUCCAGCUGGUGCUCUUCGGCUUCCAGGACUCGGUAAACAAGGUGCUCAGAAACCAUCACAUCAAACCUCACUGGAUGUUCGCCAUGGAUAACAUCAUCCGCCGAGCUGUGCAGGCAGCCAUUACCAUUCUCAUUCCAGAGCUGCAGACACACUUUGGCCCGGCAUCCGAGUGCGAGGGCGCCGAAAAGGAGGACGAGGUGGACGAGGAGGAGGUCGAGUUCGGCCCCGUGUUGGCGCCGGCCGCCGACGACACAGGGGUGUCCGCCGACCCCGCUCCCUCGGCCGUCACCGCGCUCCCCUCGGCCCACUCGCACGAGCACCAGCGCUCCCACCACCAACUGGGGGCUCAGCUCGGACGCCUAAAGCAGGAGACAAACAGGCUGCUGGAGGAGCUGUUGCAGAAGGAGAAGGAGUACCAGCAGGUCCUGAAGGCCACAUUGCAGCAGCGAACGCACGACCUGGAGCUGGUCCGGGUCCGACACAGACCAGCAGAUAUUUCACCGCCAUCCAUCUUCCACAUUCCGGCAGACCACGAGCCUGAUAAGCAGCUUACUGAUUGGCUAAAGGAGCAGGGUGCGGACCCUGACACGAUUGACAAGUUUGUGCUUGAAGAAUACACGCUGACAGACGUCCUAAGUGACAUCACCAAAGACGACCUGCGCUGUUUACGCCUCAGGGGCGGAGUCCUAUGCCGAAUCUGGCGGGCCAUUCAGAGGCACCGGGAGCGAGAGAGGCUGAGGGGCGACGAGCGUUCGGAUGAGGACGUGUGACGUUCUUUCUGCCAAACCGCCAUUGUGCCUUUUUCUCUCCUUACUGCCUUUUCGUUAACUAAGGGUGCAGCCACUACUCUUCCUAGCGUCGCACAUUCGCAGCACUCACAAUUAAAGAAAGAUAAAUAACCUAUUGACCCAAAUAUAGGACAACCCGGAAUAAAUACAACGAUUGUGGUAUAAGACGACAUUGAGUAUAAACAACCAGGCUGUGUAAGUUGACCCUGAAUAGAAGAGGACUGCACUAUAAACCAAAAAUUAUACAAAACAACACAGAUAUAAGGGGACCCCGAUCUAAGACAAUUCUGAACAUAAGACUGGAAAUGUAAGACAACCCCGAUAUAAAACAUUCCACGUCUGAGACAACAAAGAUUAAGUCUCCCCAGAUAGAAAAUGACACCCAUAUAGGACAAGACUGAAUAUAAGACAACCCCAAUGUAAGACGACCCAAGUAUAAGAUGACACCGAUACAAUAAGAUUCGGCUUUAAGACGAGAUUGAAUGUAAGACAACCACAAAUGUGGGACAACACUGAUACAGUAUAAGACCUCCGAGAUAUACGACCAAAAUCUAUAACAAGACUGAAUAUAAAGACGAUCCUCAUGUAAGACAAAACCAAUAUAAGAAAAGCUUUAAUAUAACACCCUCCUACAAGACAAGACUGAAUAGAACACAACCCUGAAUAUAAAACGACACCUGUAUAAGGCAUGGUUGCUGCAAGACGACCCUGCGGGAAGACAAGACUGAAUAUAACACAUCCUUUAACAUAAGAUGAUUCGGAUACAAAAUAAGAAUACAAGACAACUCUUGAAUAUAUGACAACAAAAACCCUAAUAUAACACAUGCUUAAUAUAAGACAACCCCUAAAAUAUGGAUUCUGAUACAAGCCACCCCAGAAUAUAAAACGCGAGUAUAAGAGACUCUUGACAUAAGACGAUCAAAAUAUAUUCCAUGCUUGAUAUAAGAAGACCGCUGAUAUUAAACGACCCUGCAAUAAGACAAUACAGAGAAUACAACAACUCUGAAUAUAAGAUACUUCUGAUGUAAGACAAGUUUGACAUAAAACAACACGAAUAUAUUACACGCUUGAUAUAAGACAACCCCUGAUGUUCAACAACCCUGCUAUAAGACAAGACUGAUAAUAAGACAACACCAAAUGCAGGAUAAUUCUGAUAUAAGACGACCUUGGAUAUAAGACAAGGUUGAUGAUAUAAGGCAACCCUAAUGUAAGCAAAUCCCAAUAUAAUACACGCUUGAUAAAAGAUUACCCUUGAAAUUACAUUACCCUGCUGUAAGACGUGACUGAAUAUAAGUCAACACCAAUAUAAGACAAGCUUGAUAUCAGACAGCUCCUGAUAUUAAAACAACCUUGCUAUAAGACACGACUGAAAAUAAGACAACACUAAAUUUAAGAUCACUGAAUCAAGACGACUCUGGAUAUAAGACAACCCUAAUGCAAGCAAAUCCCAAUAUAAUACACUCUUGAUAAAAGAUGACUCUUUAAAUUAAAUUAUCCUGAUAUAAGACUCGACCGAAUAUAAAACAACACCAAUAUAAGACCUGACUGAAUAUAAAACAACACCAAUAUAAUACAAGACUGAAUAUAGGACAACACCAAUAUGAGACAAGCUUGAUAUAAGACAGCCCCUCAUAUUAAACGACCCUGCUAUAAGGCACGACUGAAAAUAAGAAAACACUGAAAUUUAAGAUCACUCAAUCAAGACCACUCUGGGUAUAAGACAAGCUUGAUAUAAGACAACCCUAAUGCAAGCAAAUCCCAAUAUAUUACACUCUUGAUAAAAGAUGACUCUUUAAAUUAAAUUAUCCUGAUAUAAGACUCGACUGAAUAUAAGACAACACCAAUAUAAGACUUGAUUGAAUAUAAAACAACACCAAUACAAUACAAGACUAAAUAUAGGACAACACCAAUAUGAAACAAGCUUGAUAUAUCCCAGCCCCUCAUAUUAAACGACCCUGCUAUAAGACACGACUGAAAAUAAGACAACACUAAAUUUAAGAUCACUGAAUCAAGACAAAUCUGGAUAUAAGACAAGCUUGAUAUAAGAUAACCCUAAUGCAAGCAAAUCCCAAUAUAAUACACUCUUUGAUAAAAGAUGACGCUUUAAAUUAAAUUAACCAAAUAUCAGACUCGACUGAAUAUAAGACAACACCAAUAUAAGACUUGACUGAAUAUAAAACAACACCAAUAUAAUACAAGACUGAAUAUAGGACAACACUAAUAUGAGACAAGCUUGAUAUAAGGCAGCCCCUGAUAUUAAACAACCCUGCUAUAAGACAAGACUGAGAAUAAGAGAACACUAAAUUUAAGAUCAUUCUGAUAUAAGACGACCCUGGAUAUAAGACAAGCUUGAUAUAAGACAGCCCUAAUAUAAGCAAAUCCCAAAUAUAAUACAUGUUUGAUAAGACGACUCUUUCAAUUAGACUACCCUGCUACACGACUUGACUGAAUAAAAGACAACAGCAAUAUAAGACUUGACUGAAUAUGUGACAACAGCAAUAUAAGACUUGACUGAAUAUAGGACAACAGCAAUAUAAGACUUGACUGAAUAUAAGUCAACACCAACACAAGACAGGCUUGAUAUAAGACAGCACCAAUUUAGGACAAUUCUGAUACAAGACGACCCCAGAUAUAAGGCAAGAUUGAUGUAAGAAUCCUUGAUAUACAGUAAGGCAACAUUGAAUAUAAGAUUAUUCCGAUACAGAACAAACAAAAUAGACUUUUUCAAUAGCUGGUUUUGGAAAAAUAACUGGUAGAUAACCAAUAAUAUUGAAUAAAGAUGGAUGUCAUAUUUAUUUGCUGCUCUACAGUUGUUUGAUUAUUUAUUAUAGACAUCUUAAAAUUAGCAUCACAGCUCCUGUGUUGUUUGCCAAUUUGUCCAACCAAUCUUUUUGUUCCACUGGUGUAUGUGUGAGUGACAGGAAGAAAGGCUUAGUGAGAAGACGCAACCCGUUGGUUUUGUAUGUGAAAAAAUCUCAAGAAUAUAAGACGACUGUCCGGAGAAAAAAUAUCAAUGUAUCGUUUGUCUCUUCCAUUGAAAAUGUGAAUGAUGUCCUCCUUUUCCCGCAAUCUACAAGACCACACCCCCAUUUGCUGUAAGAAAAGAAGGUUUAAGUAUGAAAAAGAUGAUGCUUAUUUAUUAAAAUGUUACAGGUCAUGACCAAACCAGCUAUGAUUUAUGAUCGCAGGGUGACACUUGCACACGUCAGCAAGAAGUCCCUUGUUUUCCUUCUCAAAGUCAAGUAGACAGUUGUAUGGAUGUUUUCUUUGACCCCGUGUGCUUCAUGUUUGCUUUGCAAUAAACCUGCAAAUAAUUAA